ACACUGCAAAUGGAUAUAAACAAGCUGAACAUCACCUUGCUUCGGAUCUUCCGCCAAGGAGUAGCUGCAGCCCUGGGCCUCUUGCCUCAGCAAGUGCACAUCAACCGUCUCAUUGAAAAGAAGAGCCAGGUGGAGUUGUUUGUGUCUCCGGUAAACCGAAAACCAGGAGAGCCACAGGCCCUGCAGGCUGAGGAAGUACUGCGUUCACUUAACGUGGAUGUUUUGCAUCAGAGUUUGCCGCAGUUUGGAAUUACAGACAUCUCCCCCGAGAAAAAUGUUUUACAAGGGCAGCAUGAAGCGGACAAGAUCUGGAGCAAAGAAGGAUUUUACGCCGUCGUCAUCUUCCUCAGCAUCUUUAUCAUUGUAGUAACCUGUUUGAUGAUUAUUUACAGGUUGAAAGAAAGGCUUCAGCUCUCCUUAAGACAAGAUAAAGAGAAAAACCAGGAGAUCCACCUGUCACCCAUUGCACUGCAGCAAUCGCAGUCGGAGGCCAAGACGACCCACAGCAUGGUCCAGCCUGAUCAGGCGCCAAAGGUGCUGAACGUUGUUGUGGACCCUCAAGGCCAAUGCACUCCUGAGAUUCGAAACACCACCUCCACCUCUGUCUGCCCUUCUCCCUUCAGAAUGAAGCCCAUAGGACUCCAGGAACGACGAGGUUCCAAUGUAUCUCUUACGCUGGACAUGAGUAGCCUGGGUAGCGUGGAACCCUUUGUGGCCGUCUCAACCCCCCGGGAGAAGGUAGCCUUGGAGUACCUGCAGUCAGCCAGCCGAGUUCUCACACGGCCACAGCUGAGGGACAUCGUGGCAAGUUCCCACCUGCUUCAAAGUGAAUUCAUGGAAAUACCAAUGAACUUUGUGGAUCCCAAAGAAAUUGAUAUUCCACGUCAUGGAACUAAAAAUCGUUAUAAGACCAUUUUGCCAAAUCCCCUCAGCAGAGUAUGCUUAAGACCGAAAAACAUAACGGAUUCAUUGAGUACUUACAUAAAUGCUAAUUAUAUUCGGGGCUACAGUGGUAAGGAGAAAGCCUUCAUUGCUACCCAGGGCCCCAUGAUCAACACUGUGAAUGACUUCUGGCAGAUGGUCUGGCAAGAAGACAGUCCCGUGAUUGUUAUGAUCACGAAACUCAAAGAGAAAAAUGAGAAAUGUGUGCUCUACUGGCCAGAAAAGAGAGGGAUUUACGGCAAGGUUGAGGUUCUGGUCAUCGGUGUGAAUGAAUGUGAUAACUACACCAUCCGCAACCUCGUCUUGAAGCAAGGAAGUCACACCCAACAUGUGAAGCAUUACUGGUACACUUCAUGGCCGGAUCACAAGACUCCAGACAGUGCCCAGCCCCUCCUGCAGCUCAUGCUGGACGUAGAAGAAGACAGACUGGCCUCUGAAGGCCGCGGGCCUGUGGUUGUCCACUGCAGUGCAGGGAUUGGGAGAACCGGCUGUUUCAUUGCUACGUCCAUUGGCUGUCAGCAGUUGAAAGAAGAAGGAGUUGUAGACGCACUAAGUAUUGUCUGCCAGCUUCGGAUAGACAGGGGCGGUAUGGUCCAAACCAGCGAGCAGUAUGAAUUUGUGCACCAUGCUCUGUGCCUGUUCGAGAGCAGACUUUCGCCAGAGACUGUCGAGUGACUCUGAAGACUUACCAGAGCAUCAGUCUCUCACGGGGGAGUUCAUCAAAUGAUCCGGAAAGAUCCUCAAAAGGAGCUCCCUGCUGUGGACGAGGAGGCUCUCAAGCCAGCCUGAGGCACGGAAUGUGGAAGAUACGGCAACUUGAAAGAUUGCCAGCCUUUGUGUAUAGGACUGCAUUUGUAGGCAUCCCCCCAAGUUAUCUUGAAGGUCCUGCGCUGAUGGAGGUAGGACAGUCCUCCCACAGCCUGAGGAGGAUUUUGCUUUGUCCGUGUCGACUCUCCUCUGCACAGGACUACGUGUGUGAUAUUCAGAGACUGUCCUUCUGAUGCUGGAGGAGAUGCUGAAGAUGUCGGUACCCCGUGUUUAGAUGCUUUAAUGUUUAUAAAGCCUGUCUUGUGACUGGACUGUCAGCUGUUCAACUGUUCCUGUUUUAAGUGCUAUUAUCUAUCCCAGUUACCAGAAUCUUGAUGCUCGAGUUGCGAGUGAUGACAAUGGAUUUUUAACCAAGGCAUUUUUUUGUUUUUGAAAAAAAAAAAAAUCAAAUGCAGUGACUAUUUUAUAUGGACAUGUGUCUUGAUUAUAUCUAUUAAGUGUGUAUUUAUAGUAUCUCCUAUGGAUCAAUUACAGAGCACAAUGAUUGUCAUUGGAUAUAUAUAUGUAUAUGUAUAUUAUAUGUAUAUGUACACAUAUAUAUUCUAUUAUUAGGCAUAGGCGUGGCUCCUGUCCCACGACACUAACUACUAUAUUUCUACAUUGUGACUUGUUUUACUUUAAAAGGGCAUAAACAAAUUUAUAGUAACUAUAAAGUAUCAAGAAUUUUAAAUACUCAUCUCUCUUUUACUAAAAAGGAAUUUUUUGACUGUGAUGUCUACCUGGUAUCUCUCUCCCAAUAAGAAGCAGGUGCCUUUGGGGAUGCACUAACCUGUCUCAUCCCCAAAAGUUUUCCCAAGGACCCUGUCAUGUACGACCUCGCAUUUCCGAAAGACUUCCUUCCUCAAGAGACAAAUGAAGGCAAAAUAAUCACACUCAGCAAACAUGAGAUGUUCUGCUCAGAUAUGAAUUUCCAAGGCAGCCAAGUUGUCUGUCUUUCGUACUCCCAAUAAAUGACUCUUAACAGUAA